CCCAGUCCACACGCACCAAGACGCGCUGCCACCGCUCAUUUUGCGCGUGGCCAGCGAGGGAAUCCCCCCCAACCCCCAGCCCCCACCAACACGGCCGGCGCCUUCGUGUCUUCCCACAACAAAAAUAAUCAGUAACCCACGCGUGGGGGACUUCUUAUUUCGCAGUAUGUCUUGACACAGCGGAACGGGGCUACUUUUUUAACAAUCCUCACAUUUUGCAACUUCGAUCAGAACUUUUUCGUGAAUGAGGCAGCCUCCAAAUGACGUCGAGAUGGCUUUAGGAGGGACCCUGCUGCCAUCCAUUUCCACCUUCACCAGCCCCGCUGUCAAGACCAAAACCAUAGUAAGUACCAACCUAAGAUGGAAGGAGGAGCUGUCCCAUCUUAAGCGACUCAGCGUGCCAAGUGGAAGCUCGGACCCAGACCAUCCUACUGCCACCUGCACCACAAGCCCCAGCAUGUCCAAGAAAGACAGUGAGCCUGACCUGGACUUGGACUAUGACUUCAUUCUGUCCAACUCCAUGCUCCAGCAGCAGCAACAGCAGCAGCAGCAACAGCAGGACGAUGUCAUGGCGUGCGGUUCCAUCCAAGCCUUGCCACCCAGCUCGCCCGGUUCUUUCUCUUCCUCCUACCCGCUGCUGCCGCCGUCCCCUCAGGGCUCAGCCGAGUUGCUCUACACCAUACCGGACAUCAGUGACGUCUCGCCGUCCGGGGGCUUUGUGGCGGAACUCAUGAGACCCGAACUGGACCCGGCGUACCUCCACCCCACCAGCCUGCACGGCAAGUUCGUGGUCAAGACCACGGUGGACCUGGGGCAGUACAGCCCCAAGAUUUGCGUUAGCGCAGCGCCAGACCGCCCCUCUUCACGGGCGUCGCCGCCCUUUACGUGCCACCGGAUAAAGCAGGAGGCCCCUAGUAACUGUACCAUCUCACAAUCAAUGGACCUGCACCGGCAGCGGCCUGGCCAGCUGGAGCUACACGGCUUUCCCGGAAACGGGGGUCGCUCCUCCAUGACGGGUGGCGGCCGCCUGUCCUCGUCCUCGUCGCUCUCCCCAGAUCACCCCCUCAGCCGUGAGCACCAGGUGUUGGGCCACCCUCACGCUCAGAUUCCUCUACCUCCCCACGGAUACCACCACAGCUCACCGCAGGGAUACACCGCCUACCCUCAGCCCACCGCCAUGCAGCAGUACCAAGACCCCCUCAUGGUCUCCAGCGGUGAUUGCUUACCAGAGGAGCCCAAGCCUAAGCGCGGGCGGCGCUCGUGGCCCCGGAAGCGCGUCGCCACGCACACCUGUGAUUACGUCGGCUGCGGGAAGACGUACACCAAGAGCUCGCACCUCAAAGCGCAUCACCGCACGCACACAGGAGAGAAGCCUUACCAUUGUGACUGGGAGGGCUGCGGCUGGAAGUUUGCACGCUCCGACGAGUUGACGCGCCACUACAGGAAGCACACAGGCCACCGGCCGUUCCAGUGCCAGAAAUGUGAUCGGGCCUUCUCCAGAUCGGACCACCUGGCCCUCCACAUGAAGAGACACUUAUGAGGAGGAAAGCGAAAAAACAAAACUACAAAACACAGACAUUCAAAUGACAUGCUGUGGCGUUCACAGCUAAAGACAAUCAAGACGAGACCUGCGAACGUAGGUCGGAACGGGACCCAAAACUGGAAGUCAACUUUAUUUAUGUGACCAAACUCAAAGAGGACCAGCAACUGGAAUCUCACAUGGAAAUACUCCAAAGACCUUCAUUAAAUUGCCAAUGACACUGUAUUAUUAAUACCUAGCUAUAUUUAUACAUAUUCACAUUUUACCUGUCACCUCAGGUGCUGUGUGAAUUAAUUUAUACUAACUGGUGCUCAGUGACUUUUGCCCAAAAAAGGUACCAAAGAAG